AAAACAAUCUGCAAAUAUAUCCUCUCCUUCUCAAUUCCCGCCAUCCGCCGCGUUCGCUCGCUCGUUCACGUCUGUCUCGCCCACAGACUCCUUCUCGACCCCUAACGAAGGCGCACGAACCUCAGCACCAUGGCUACGGCAUCGAACGUCAGCUUCGCCUCGCCCCUGGCAGACGCGAAGUACGCGCAAAUCGUCGGACACCCUCAAAUCGAUGGAUUGCUUGGAAGACUGGCAGAGCUCAGCGGCUGGCAAAUUGCAUUUACCAUUCUUCUCGUCCUGAUCGCAUACGAUCAAUGCUCCUACCUCUGGCAGAAAGGUUCGAUUGUUGGCCCAGCAUGGAAGACUCCGUUCAUCGGCCCUUUCCUCCAGUCGAUGGAUCCGAAGUUCGAAGAAUACAUGGCGAAAUGGGCCAGUGGGCCUCUCAGUUGCGUCUCCGUUUUCCACAAAUUCGUGGUUAUUGCAUCCACCCGGGACAUGUCCAGGAAGGUUUUCAAUUCUCCCAGCUUUGUGAAGCCCUGCGUUGUUGAUGUGGCGCACAAGCUUCUUGGAGCAAAAAACUGGGUCUUCCUCGAUGGAAAAGCACAUGUCGACUUCCGCAAAGGUCUCAAUGGCCUGUUCACUCGCAAAGCACUGGAAUUAUAUCUGCCGGGGCAAGAGGACGUGUACAACAUUUACUUUGAGAAGUUCCUUAAGGUCACCAAGGAUGCGGAGGGAAAACCAGUUCCGUUCAUGCCCGAAUUCCGUGAACUCAUGUGUGCAGUUUCAUGCCGAACCUUUGUUGGCCACUAUAUCUCCGAUGAGGCUAUCAAGAAGAUUGCCGACGACUACUACAAUAUCACCGCGGCCCUGGAACUGGUCAACUUCCCAAUUAUAAUACCAUUCACAAAGACUUGGUAUGGCAAGAAAGCCGCUGAUAUGGUAUUGGAAGAGUUCGCAAAGUGUGCUGCGAAGAGCAAGGUCCGAAUGGCAGCUGGAGGCGAAAUCACUUGCAUCAUGGAUGGGUGGGUCAAGGCUCAAUUGGACUCUGCAACCUGGCGCGAACGUGAGGCGAAAGGACUUUCCAUGGAAGGUAUCGAGAAGCCAGCAUCUCUGCUGCGCGAUUUCACGGACUACGAGAUCUCACAGACCGUCUUUACCUUCUUGUUUGCUUCCCAGGACGCUACUAGCAGCGCGGCCACAUGGCUGUUCCAAACCAUGGCCCAACGACCAGAUGUCUUGGACAAGAUUCGCGAGGAGAAUUUGCGCGUCCGAGGAGGUGAUCGAAGCAAGGCUAUCACAAUGGAUAUGCUGGAUGAGAUGGUUUAUACUAAGGGUUCCGUCAGAGAGCUGUUGAGAUAUCGCCCCCCAGUCCUCAUGGUUCCGUAUGUUGCCAAGAAGCCCUUCCCAAUCACCGAUACCUAUACCGUUCCUAAAGGCGCUAUGAUAAUUCCAACUGUAUAUCCGUCUCUCCGUGAUCCCGAGAUCUACGAAAAUCCCGAUGAAUAUAAUCCUGAUCGUUAUGUAACGGGUGACGCCGAGGUGAAGGGCGCAAAGAACUUCUUGGUAUUCGGAACUGGUCCCCAUUACUGCCUUGGACAGGUCUAUGCACAGAAUAACUUGGCUCUUAUGAUCGGGAAGGCCUCAAUGUCUCUCGAGUGGGUUCACCACCCAACGCCCCGCUCAGAGGAGAUCAAGGUGUUUGCAACUAUCUUCCCAAUGGACGAUUGUCCUUUAACUUUCUCGAAGCGAGCAUGAAAUCAGCAGUCAUGGAGUUUGGUGUGAAGGGGUGCAAAAAGAUCUCUGUAUCUGAGCAAUCCGGCUUGGGCUUGCUUUUAUAGAUAUGGCGUGCUGUGCCAUUCUGCCUCCACUGCAUUGCAAAUAGGGAAGUAUACAGGCGUUCCGAGAAGUCCACACAUUGUAUUUACUCAUGAGUCGAUGGUGAUGCCAUCAAGAAUAAUCAGGUUGUAAUAAUUCUAAUAAAAGGGCUUCGAGCCUGUUUGAGC